UGUUUACUUUCCGCUUUUCUUCCGCUCAGGUGUUGUCUUUUCACGCCAUGAACCUCAGAUGGGAUUUAAAUUUCUCUCCAAGGUAGCAGUGGCACUCGGCAUAGCUUUAGUUAUCGUAGUACUUUUGGAAUUUGUUUUGUUAAUUUCUUAUGUAAAGGAAACCGAUGCAGAUAUUUUACCAAACGCUGAAGAGUCAUCAAUUAGUUACGAUGGUAUUAAUAAUCAUGUCACGACAGUCCACGAAGCAGUCCCAUCGAAAAGAAAAUCAGAACCUGAAAGGGAACAGAUCAACUAUAAACCGACUAAAAGAAUAUUCACCUCACUCUCUUCUAAUAUCCACGUAAGUUCUGUGAUUUGUGGAGAGCGGUCUGUGGAAGCAACAACAAUGCUCAAGUCAACCACUUUAUUCACAAAUAGAACUAUACAAUUUCAUGUUGUUGCAGAAGAUAACCUUCAUGCUGAACUAAAAAACAUUUUCAGGGAAUGGUCCUCUGUUAAAUCUGGUCAAGUCUUAUUAAAACUUUACUCUUUACACUUUCCUCCUGGAGAAAAUGUUGAGGUGUGGAAACGACUUUUCAAGCCAUGUGCAGCACAAAGAUUAUUUCUUCUGGAUGUUUUGCAUUCUGUUGAUAGUGUCCUGUAUUUAGACACUGAUGUUCUCAUGCUCAGACCAGUGGAAAAUCUUUGGGACCAUUUUAACCAUUUUGAUGAUAAACAGCUUGCCUCAAUGGCUCCAGAGGGUGAAGAAAAAGCACUCUCCUGGUAUCCAAGGUUUGCUCGUCAUCCUUUUUAUGGGAAAAAUGGAAUGAACUCUGGAGUAAUGCUCAUGAACUUGACACGAAUGCGGGAAUUCGACUGGACUAAAAAGAUUCUAGAAGCAUACCAUAAGUACAAACUCAGCAUAACAUGGGGAGACCAAGAUCUCUUGAAUAUUGUCUUCCAUGAUCACCCUGAGUUACUAUACACAUAUACAUGUGAUUGGAACUAUCGACCAGACCACUGCAUGUAUGGAAACAACUGUGGGCCAGCCAGCAACAAAGGCAUUUCAGUAGUUCAUGGUAACAGAGGGGUAUACCACAAUGACAAGCAACUAUUCUUUAAAGCAAUUUACAUGACCAUGAAAGACUUUAAACCUGGUGAUGACAGAAAAUUGCUGCUGAAGAGUUUGGAAGGAAAUUUGAAUGCUGUGUCUGACCCUUACUGUGGAGCUAUGACUGAAAGUAUUCUAAAAUAUCCCAGACUUUUUUUAGAUUGAGUAUUUCUUUCACAAGACUUUAAAGUUUCAAAAUAAAAAUGUCUUUUGAUUAUUUUA